AUGCCGUCCGCGGCUCCCGCGGCCUCGUCUUCGGCGGAAGAGGAGGUGCAGGAGAUGAGGUCCUCCAAGACGCCCGACGCGACGUCAGCAAGGUCUAGUUCCACAAGGUCCAGCCCUGUCACAGCAACAAAGCCCUUCCAUUUCAAGUCAGAGGAGAGGCGCCGCAAGGCACUGGAGAACAAUCAGAACAAGGGCAACUCUGCAGGGAGGCUGAAAGUGCCAGAAAAUGAGGAGGAUGCCAAAAAACUGGCGGCAGUGAAGGUCCAGAGGGCUCGUGAGUAUGCACAGAACUGGGCACCCCGCAGUGAGCCGCAAGCUGGGAAGAGCGUCACUGUUCCCAAGUCGCCACGCUUCACCGUGGAGGCCCGCAUACAGUACCACCACGAGGUGUUGGAACCGAAGAAGAAGAUGAAGGAGGCUGCAAUGGAACGUGAGAGGCGGAGGGAGCAGAGGCGGAAGGAGGAGGAAGAAGAGAGGAAGCUCAGAGAAUACCGAAGGACUCUAGUGCCCAAAGCGCGUGCGAUGCCAAGUUUUGUGGGCCCCGUCUUCCAGCCCGACUACACGUCCGCCCAACCCACCACCAAGGCCAAGGAGCCCAGACUCGUCACUUCCGCGCGCUUCGGCGCUCGUCAAACCUCGCCAAAGGGCCCCCCACCCCACACCAUGCGCUGCCGCUCACCAAUGAGGGACGUGCCCAACGCUAGCCCGCUGCAGCAGUUCCACGGAGCGAAGAGCCAGCUGCCGCCCGCCCCCUACUCUGCCAGCAACUCCUCCGGCUCCCUGCCGGAUGAGAACCAAGAGAACGAAGCAGGCGAUGGUGAAGGCGUGGGGGCGACUGCUGCUCCUGGAGAGCGGUUCUACGAUCCAAAGACGCAAGAGCGGACGGCAGGAUCGCCUGGCGGAUCGGCCAUCCCGUCUGUGCCUCGAAACGACAAUGGGGCAGAGGACAUGCAGAUGAGCUCGUGA